UUGAAGGACGUGUGUUCAUGUUUCUGAUAAAGCCUGAGUCUGAGUUACAAAGUAACGUCCUGUCAGGGAGCAACAGGCUGACUGACUGUAAACCUGCUGACAGUGAGCUCAGGACACCGACCUCUGUACUCUAACUCUACAUGUCUCAUACAUUUAGUGAUCAGACAGUGAACAGACUGAAGCUGGAGCGGUGUCACUGCGACAGGAUGAACUGUUUCCCCCCGGGUCUGUUCCUGAUGUCGCUGCUUCACUCUGUGCUCGGUUCCCUUCCUGCUCCAGUCAAUGUGACUGUCAACUCUGUCAACUUCCAGCAUGUACUGCGCUGGGACCCUGCACCAGGCACCCCACCAGGAACAGAGUACAAUAUCUUCAAGAGGUUGCAGGGGAAGAAACGGAGAAAGGUUCUGAACUCAACAACAGCAUCAUUAAAGCUGAAACUACACAAUGAAAGGACGUAUUACCUGAGUGUCCAGGCAUCCUACAACCAAACCCUGUCUCCAGAGUCCCACAACAUCUGCUUCACCCCGUACAAAGACACCAAAAUAGGUCCUCCAGAAGUGUCUCUGGCCGGUUGUGGAAACUGCAUCAAAAUGAACAUGUCCCUGCUGGAGCCCGACAGUAGCACAGGGAUCGAGGACAUCAACAAGUACUAUGACGUUCAUUUCACUGUCAAGUGGAGGAGGGAGGGACAUUCAGUGAUGUCUCUGGAGACAAGAAACAAGAGUUUUACUCUUGAUAACCUACAGGAGGGCAUGGAGUACUGUGUACAGGUGCACACACAUAUCCGUUUGAAUGGAAACACUCAGCCCUCCACCUGGGAAUGCAUCCUUACGGGACCUGUGGAGCACAGAGGCCCCUUUGUUAUAGGUAUAGUUGCUGCUCUUCUGAUUAUACUUCUGGGCCUCCUGAUGACCUCUGUGUUUUGCCUCCAGUACACUGGACUCAUUUGUAAAGUGAAGGCAACGUUGCCCAGAGCAAUAAUCAUGGUUCUUAACCAAGGCUACACCCUGACACCAAACAGGACCAUCCCAGACUCAGUCUCCAUUAGCUCAGAGAAGGACAAACAGAGGAACCACACCAGUCCCACAAUGCCACAUCCUAAUGAGGAUGAAGAUGAGGAGGAAGAGGAGGGGCUAAACGUCUACAUGGACAGAGACGCACAGCUUUCCUCAGGGGAAAGUUUGCCCUGGGGCUCUGGUAAUGUGCCGAUGAACAGCGAGCUAGGUGCACCAGUGGAUUGUGGGAGUCUGACAAAGACGUUGUCAGCUGAGAUGGAGGUACCAGACGCACAGCAUGAAGUUGGGAUCCCACAUCGGGGACUUGAUGAAGAUGAGACCAAAGCAAAGGUUUCUGUCAUGCCUGAGGACAGUCAGACUGGAGUCCAGGGACAUGUCACAGGUGAGAAAGAGGAGGAGGAGGAGAAGGAGGAGGAGAUGAAGCAGGAGGUGUUUGACAGCUCCGGCAACAUCAACCUAUUCUCAGUCACCCUGGCCGCACUGGAUGCGGGCGAGAAAGAGGAAGAGGAGCAGAAUGCAAGAGACUCUCUGACAGACCUUCUGAGACUAGGUGAUCUAGAGGCUGGACAGCUCACAGUCCAACACACAGACUCACAAACUGAUUAUCAGAACACACAUGGUGCAGGCUACAUCAGAACCUGUGAGACACAACAUGAAGAGGAGGAGGAGGAGGAGGAGGAAACAUUCUCCGGAUAUAUGGCACAUACAUGAUAUUUAGCUCUGAUGUGUGUUAACUAUUUUUUAUAAAUAACAACACAUAUUAUCUGACGGCACUUUACAGGUCGGGUCAUGAUGUGUGUUGUGAGGACCAUUUCUUCACAGUGGGCCUUCCUUUUUUAUAAAGGAGAAAUCUUUGAUAUGGUUAAAGAGGUGGAUUUUGUUUUGGAGGUCUGACGAGGACAUAAUGCAUCAUUCCAUUUCCCCUGCAGUUACAACACCACUGUAACCUUGUACACAUCAGUAGGUCCUGAAGGCAGCAAACUCAUCACAUCCUUGUCCUUGUAACCAUUUACAUUCAUGUUCAUCCAUAAUAAGAGCUUGCAUAUAUGGGACCUAAUGAUACAGAAAUGCCUGAAGAGUCAGACGAAAAUGCAAAAUGUAAAUAAAUCCACAUUUAAUACAG